CAAACAAUGCCUCACUACAACUUAAGUUUAGUGAAGUAAAUAGGUAGAAAUAUUAAAUUAAAUAAAUAUAAUUACAAAUGGAAUUAGAAGACUUAAAAAAUCCGAGUAGAUUCCAGAAGCACACGAAUAUUUUAAUUUGGAAAUCGUUCUUACAAAGACAGCGCCGAUGGAAAAUCCUGCUCUUCGAAGGUCUCUUCGCUGGGAUACUCUUCCUGAGCGCUGUGUUUAUUGCCAACCCUGUGUUUCUUACUCCACUUCAAGCCGAACCUGAGCCGCCUCUUACAGCAGCUGACAUAUUGGUUUCUCUGAACCGAAGAACUAUAAUGGGGUAUGCCCCUAAUACGGAACCCUUCGCCGCUAUAAUGGGAAGGGCUGCUAAAUUCCUGAACAUAAGUUUUUUGACGGCUUCAUCUGAGAAUGGUCUAAACGAUAUGUUAUUUGAUCGAGUGUCGGAGGCACCUCUCGAUGAAGCAGUCAUGUGGAUCAUAUGGGAGACUAAGAUAAACAACACUUGGAAAUUAAGCAUAAGGAGCACGGACCGCGCCAAAUACGAGACUAGUAUCGAUCACACGCGGUUCUCGAACCCGCACCUCCGAGUCGGCUUCCUGGCCGUGCAGCUGGCGAUCUUACAGGCUAUAAUUGAAAACGCGGCCGGCUCCAAUCCGAAUUAUGAGCUAACCCUAGUGUCGAUGCCGGUGUCACCGUUGAUGAAGGAGGCCCUUGUUAGGAAGACUUUAUCCGGCAUAUUGCUGUGUUUCACCCUGGCCUUCAUACCACCAGUUCUGGAAACCGAAGCUCUAAUUGUCACUGAGACGCUCAAUGGAGUUAAGCGCGCGCUUCGUUUGCGUAAUGUUUUAUACUCAUCAAUGUACAUUGGCUGGCUGGUGUACGCAUACCUGACCGUUCUACCGAUCUCGCUGUUAGCUUCCGUGACCUUGAUCCUGGUGUUCAGGUGGAUCCAUCUCAUGUUCGCUUUGCUGGUCGUCUUGGUGUACGUCUCAGUUAUGAUCAUGCACGCUUUCAUCAUGGCCAUGUUUCAUAAUAAAGCUUGGUUAGCUUGUAUAUGGACGACCCUAUUCACAUUCCUACAGAUGUACCUAGCCGAGCUGCUAGUCCAUCACCAUUACGAUUUGCAACACACCGCCUUAACGCUCUUCCUCAAUCUAAUCGUUCCUCAACUAGGACUCAUACAUUCGUUCAAUCAGUUCGCAUUGUUACAGACUGGAAUUUCAGGUGGAGAAGAAUCCAGUAUUGGUCGAACCCUGUCACUCACCAUCGGCUCGUGGAGUAUCUUGAUAUUAUUCUGUUUUGCACUGUUGAUGAUCUUGCAAAGAACGAUCGGACAGGACCGGGCUAUAGGAGGACAGAUGUCUUGGAAUUCUAUUUUGUUUAAAAGCGUAGAGGGUAAAGAUAAGUUAUGUAAGAUCGAAGCGCCUAGCAUUAAGGAACGCGAGAAAUUGCAGGAAGUUGAUGAGCUGGUCGCUAAAGCUAUUAGUUUCAAUGAAGUAACAAAGAGUAUUAUGGGAAUACCAGUUCUGAGUAAUGUGACCAUGGACUUAUAUCGGGGAGAAUACUCGGUUCUAUUCGCCGAAAGAAUACAACACAAGAUGAUGUUGACUUUGGAAGAUCUACUAACCGGUCUCGCGCUACCAGAUAAAGGAAGCAUUAAUAUAUUAGGUCGUAAUGUUAGGUCCGGCGAAAAUUUUUUGACUGAAUCACAUAUGGUGGGCUACUGUCAUCGCUCAAGUAUACUUUUCGAUGACCUGACAGUCCACGAACAUUUCACUUUUUUUCUUGACCUCUGUCUCUGGCAAGAGUCAAACGAAUACGUUUACGAGUACGGUCACAUUCGAUCUAGAUGUCUCCUGAGCGAUUGUGAUCUCGAGACCGUACAGCAUGAGCGCAUUGGAAACUUGGAGGACUAUUACAAAGCUCAACUAUGCUGGGCGUUAGCCUUGCUUUUGGAGCCCAGAAUUAUUAUAAUCCCCCAUUUUAUGGAUGAACAAGCUUACAGGGCGGUUAUCAUUGACAAAAUAAUUAAAUACCGAAGGUACUUGACCAUCUUAAAGUUUUCAUUUUCGAGCCUACAGUUGGAAUACGCCGAUAGAGUGUUCCUAUUCGACAAUAAAAUACUAGUAUUCGGAGGGACCCCUGCGUAUAUGUUCUUCAAAUAUGGACGUGAAUACAAAUUGCGUCUGACUUUACGAAGCGGCGGUGCUUUAGAUACAACGGAACUUCUAGAAAAAUCUGAGGAGGCCGGAGCCACAGUUCGAGCUCACUUAGGUUCUCUGCUAAUACUGAAGCUACCGACCACACCUACAGACAAAGUCACCGCUUUUAUUAGAGACCUAACGGAGAACGCCACUAAAUUCGGUGUUAUUGCUUUGAACAUUAGCUUGCCGGAUUCUGAAGAGAUUUGCAGAAGGGCUAUGGCAGACACAGCGACCGAAGAACGUUCCGUUUCACGACAAAUAUCAGAGAAUGCUAUCAAAAGAAUAACAGAACCGGUCGAUUGGCAAAGGGAUAAAACGUAUUGCACGAAUGUGAGAUUGUUGAGGAGCGUGGCUUGGAAAUAUUUCACGUUCUACGUUCACUACAGGCUGUUUUUGAUUAUCACGCUCUUAUCAACAUUGCUGGCUGGUGUUUUCAUUGGACUGUCACUGUCUACAAUUUUGUCAGAAUUGAAUCAAUCAAGAAUAGUCACAAAUACUAUGAAACAAGAGGUUCUAAAUGCGGAAGGUAGGAAUCACGUCACAACACUGGUGCUAAGGACGGAUAAUAGUUCAGCAGCAAGAUCAGUGGCCAAUGCGUACGUUUUUUCUGAGCCGAAUUCAACAGUUUCCGACAUUGGUGGUGUCGUUUACAUGGCGAUACCAAGUUCUGAAAGUCUGACUGAAUACCUCGUGACUCGUGCAAUAGACUCUCCUCAGCAGUAUGUGAACAUGCACGCCUAUGGAAUGGAUGUUGCUACGGCUGCAAAUGGAGUAUUGAAAAUACAAGCAUUAUACAGUCCAUUACAUUACGACGUCGCGGCUGCUGCAAAAACGUUGGCAAGGGCCUAUGUCGCCCUUCUUCGUCAUUACACGGGAAAAUUGGAUGCUACCAUACAGUUCACUGACGAUCCGCUAGAAUUGGACUUAACGCCAUGGAUGAUGCAAGCCGAAACUGCACCACUGUUAAUUCAAUGUCUACUUAUACUAACCAUAUCUCAUACAACUCUUCUACCUUCGCGAGAACAUGGGCUAAUACGACAUUUACAAAGUCACGCAAUGAACUUCUCACCGGCUCGUUACUGGUUCACGUUAUAUUUCUGCGAUCUAAUCAUGUACUGGAUUUUGGUGAUGAUCAUUUCCGUCGUCAUGGUCUCAGUCCUGCACAUCAUGGCGCCCGCCGCACACUAUCACUAUGGAGAUAUGGUGGUGGUGCCGUUUAUGCUUAUCGUUUAUGGACUGGGUUGUAUACCUCAAGCGUAUCUGUUCAGCUUGGGUCGCAGGCCAGCGCUCAACUCGAUGACCUUCGUAAUUAUAAAUGUUGUCUUCGGUGAAACAACUAUACUAAUGAAAAUAUUUGAAGGUGAAAUCUUAGAUUUUUUUCUUCAAUUCAUGGUACUAUCGCCACAAUACAACAUGGCGAACGCUUUCGUAAAAAUAAAACAAAUAUUUCUAUACAACAGCGAGUGCACUAUAUUCAAGAGGAAGAACUUGUGUUCAACAAAAACGUUCCAUAAGUGUUGUCCUAAAUGUGGCAUCCUCCAAAAGUGUUUCACAAGAAAGAGUUACUUGGCAGGAAGGGCCGGUAUACUAAAGGAAAUCAUUCAGAUGUUAUCCGUAGCGGUUUUAUAUAUUUCGAUACUGCUUGUACUCGAGUACAAGGUUUUACAGAGAAUGUGGACUUUCGUUUGGGAGUUGAGGAUGACAAAAUCAUGCGAGGCUAAUUUGAGACCGGGUGCCCAAUGCGAGAUGAACGAUGCUUUGGAUAAAACCAAGCGACUGAGAAUCGAUAAAACCAAAAUGGACACGUUUGGCGAAUAUUUGCUCGCUUUGAACGUAACUAAAAAGAUGUCCGGUUAUUACGUUGUACACAACGUGUACUUGGGCAUGAGGAAGGGGGAGAUUGUAGCACUUUCCGGACUGAAAAGGCACGGCAGAUUAACGUUUUGCCAGGUUCUGGCCGGGCACUUAAUGCCGAGUAGAGGGCAAUUGCAGUGCAUGUCGCAGUGGAGCUUAAAGCGACAACCUCAUUUGUAUUGCCAGCAAAUUGCAAUUAGUUGUUCGGAAGUGUCGCUUCCUACGUGGAUGACGGCAUACGACGCUCUAGAACUAAUCGGAACAUUGCGAGGUGUCCCCAAGGAUCAUAUUAAGCGACAAUUGAAUGACCUUAUCGAAGCUUUAGAUUUAUUGGAUUUAGCCCAUACAAGGAUUAGCCGGAUGCUAUCAGCUGAUCGUAGCCGUGUCCGUUUCGCGGCUGCCAUUAUUGGCGCACCGCCUAUAUUAAUAUUGGACGAAUGCACGGUCUAUCAAAAGUUCUUCGUACAACGAGCAAUGUAUUCGAUAUUAUACGAUUUGAAAAAGAAGGGACAUGGUUUAUUGAUUAGUUCUAGCAUUGUAGAAUCUCAUCUACCUAUGACCAACCGUUUGGCUUUCAUCAUAGAUGGAACCACGUACGACAUCGGUACUGUAGAUAGCUUAGUGGAUAGGUACAGCCAGAAAGGGUAUACUGUUGUUGUGCAUCUAAAAGACGACGUGGACGUUACGAAAAUGUUCGGAAAUUACUUUGAUAAUUUCAUAAUCAACGAUACGUCUGAGGUGCUGGUCAACGUUCAAAUUUUAGACAGUUUGAACUGGAUGGAAGUGUUUGAUAGAAUGGAAAAAUUGAAAACCAACAACGUUCAAGUAUACUCAUACGUCGUCACCGAGAUACCCAUCGAUUUUAUUUACAAUUCGAUUUUAAGCAAAGAACAAGGGAAUAGAGUGGUCGAGGAUCUAUUCUCGUAUUCUUGGUUAAAGACAAUACUGCCGCGUAAAUUGAAACGAAGCCCUUCACAGCGUGCACUCCAGGCGCUCAGUGCUUUUGAACCAAAAUACGCCAUAAACACUUUGAAGGAAUUGCCUUGGUCUGUUAUAUUUCAUAGGUAGUUCGUUUAAGAUCCCUUCGAUUGCUGAUGGAAAAUGAGAAAAGCGUAAAUUUCGUUUUAAAAUAAAUGGCAGUAAGUUAACGCGCAGUCUCUAAAGGCAGGUGUCUUUUUAGUGGGUGUGCGAAAAGUGUAGAAGAUUUAAGCAUGAAUAUGAAUAUCAAGGUUUUAAUUUUAGUCAUUUUAAGAACAUGUGUAUUUUAUGUUAAACUUAAUUAUAUAAUUUUAUGUUAAAUGUGAAAAUAAAUUAUGGAACAAA